AUCUACACUACUAUUAAGUCCUGAAUGCAGCCGACGCCUGGGAAAUGACUUCACCUGAGUGGGUGGGUAUACGUGAAGACCUGCAGGCUUCAACCAAGCAGCGGCUGUCGGGCCUAGAAAGUCUCGAGGCGCUGCUCAAACGCGCCAGCCUCAACAAGUCGGAGCUUGGAGAGCUUCUAGACCUUUCACCUGGCCUGCUCGGGGACGCCAACUCGAAGGUUGCUCAGCAGACGCUUGAGGCGCUCUGUGUGGUUGUCAAGCGACAGGACGUCUCGCUGAACCCCUACGCCAGCCUGCUCGUCCCCAGCGUUGCGGAGCGUCUCGGAGACAGCCGGCAGCCUGUCCGGGAGCAGGCGCUGCACGUGUUGGUUGCGCUCUUCAAAGCGCUGAAGCCCGACGUUGUGCUUGAGAAGCUCAAUCCACUCUGGCAGCACAAGAGCUGGAAGGUCAAGCACGGGCUACUUGAGGUUAUUGCGGAGGUUGCAAGCACUACUGGUGUCUUCGCUUUCAUCAACGGCCGCGACCAGAACAGCGCUGUCCUCAAGCAGAUUGUCCGCAUGGUGGAGGAGCCUGACAUGACUGUCCGUGAGGCAGCUCUGGGCUGCCUGGAGGAGAUCAACCGCCAGGCGCCCGCCGCGGUGGUGAACGCCGUGCAGGCCUCCAGCCUGCGCCCGGAGCGACAGCGCGAGGUGUUCGGCCGCCUGGGGGCAGGCACAGUCCCUGCCGACGUGGUGUCCAGGCGCGAUGACUCCGCUGCGCCAAGCGCAGCAGGCACCGGUGGGUAUUCACACGGCGCUGCGGACACCGCACCUGCCGAACGUGUCAGCGGCAGCGGUGCCGGCACCAACGCCGUUGCUUCCCGGGAGAUGCAUGCUCGCCGGCAGAGCUCCGCCGCGGCUGGGCCGGGCCCUGCGGCCGCAGCCGCAGCAGCUGCCGCUGCCACCGUGAAGCGCGGCGGCUUCAAGGAUGGCGGCAGCAUGACGAUGGACGGCGAGCUGCCGCAGGUGGCGCCCAUUCCCAUUAGCUCGGAGCGGGAGCUGCGGUUGGAGCUUGAGGCAGCUACCGCCCUGCUGGCGCAGGCGCCGUGCCUGGACUGGCAAGGCCGUAUGACAGCCAUGCAGCGCGUGGAGGGACUGGUGCUGGGCGGGGCGCUGGAGUAUGACUGCUUCUACGAGGCGAUCAAGGGCCUGUCGCAGGCGCUGUCGCAGCAGUUCAAGGAGCGCCGCUCCACCAUCGCGCGCCAGACCUGCCACAUCAUCGGCGUGCUGGCCAGCCACAUGGGCACCCGUUUCGAGUCGCACGCGCUGACGCUGCUGCCAGUCCUGUUCGGCGUGGUGGUCAUCACUGUGGCCGUCAUGGCGGAGUCAGCGGACCAGGGCGUGCGCACCGUGCUGCGCCACUGCCAGACGCCGCGCAUACUGCAGGUCGUCUCGGACGGCGUGUGCAAGGAGAAGAACCCCAAGACGCGCCAGUUCUGCGCCGGCUACAUCGGCCUGAUCCUGGAGGAGUGGGACGUGAGCGUGUGGACCCGCAACACGGAGGGUCUGGAGGCCGCGCUGCGCGCCGCCGCUCAGGACUCAGUGGGCGACACACGCGCCUCCGCCCGCACCGCCAUGGCGCUGUACAACUCGGCGCAGCCCGAACGCGCGCACGCCUUCCUCAGGCGCCUGGACAGCAGCCUGCAGGACAAGCUGUCCGCGGCGCUGGGCGUCACCGCCAAGCCAGCCAAGCCCGCGCCGUCGACAUUCUCUCGGCAGACCAUCAAGACGUUCGUCGCCCGCCAGCCCUCCGCGGCAGAAGACAUCAUUGUCGUGGUGCCGGGUCCCAAGGCCACGCCACGGCGGACGGAUGUCGCGGCGGCGCCUCAGGCCGCAGAGGCCGUCGCCGUGCCGCGCCCGCGUGCCGGCCGCACCAGCAACGCCUUCGGGGUGGCGCCGGUGCUGGCCAGCAGCUCGCACGAGGCAGCGGCAGCUAUGGAGGCGCCAGCUACACUGUCGCGGCCGGCAACUUCAGCCGCGGCUGCGCGGCCUGCACGCAAGUCCCUCGCGUUGCCGCCCGGCCGCAUCCCGGGCGGCUCUGCGGACCUGACGUCGCUACUAGGCGAGCCGGGCACGAGCAGCAGUGCCAUCGACCCGGCAACACAGGCCCGUGCGGCAGCGCUGCGCCGGCCGCGCAUGUCCGCGCUGCCCUACGACCUGCCGCAGCGCGUGCCGUCAGAGGCGCCGCCCGCCGCCAGCAGCGCCACGAUGCGGGAGUCCAGCGCGGCCGGCCGUGUGCCGUGCCCGGCGCCGGUGGAGGCCCGCCCGCCCGCUGCGCCAGUGCCAGCCGCCACGCCCUCCACCUCCCACCGCACCAGCAACGCCUGGCAGCUUCAGGCGGAGCGGAGCGCGCCUGACAUGAUGACGACCACGGCCGCCACCGCCAGCCAUGGCUCCUCGUCCGCAGCGGCCGCCACCUCCAACACACUGCCUGCCGGCUCCUCCGCUGUCCUGGGCAGCGGCCUGGUGCCGCUGUCGCGCAUUGUGGCUGCCCUCUUGGGAGGGCCGCGCACGUGGAGUGAGAAGGUGGAUGCGUUGAAUGCGCUGUCGGCGCACGUGCGCGCCAGCGUGGGCGCGGGCGCAGCCAGCAACGGCUUAGACACAAUGCCGUCGCCGCUGCUGGCUGCGGAGCCGGACAAGGUGCAGGCGGCGCUGGAGCGGGUGCGGGAACGGCUGAUGGAGGCGCUGGAGGACCCGCACCUCAAGGUGCUGUCCGCGGCGCUGGCCCUGGUGUGCGACACGGUGCGGCACUACGGCCGAGUGAUGGAGCCGCAGCUGGACCGCCUGCUGCCGCUGCUGCUGGGCAAGGGCGCGGAACAGAAGGAGGGGCUGCGCGUGGCGUGCGCGGACGUGCUGAGCGAGUGCGGCACGUCCUACCGGCCAGACGUGGUGCUGCCGGCACUGACCAAGAGCCUGGACCUGGUGAAGCUGCCGCGCGGCAAGCAGGGCGCCCUGGACUUCUUCAAGGCGCACGUGGGCCGCUGGGGGCACCUGCAGCCCACGCAGCUCAAGCACUGGCUGGUGCGGCUGGCGCCGCUGCUGGACGACCGCACGCCCGAGCUGCGGCGCCGCGCGGCCGAGGUGUUGGACCUGCUGCUGGCGGCGCCGUGGGCGCGGGAGCCCAUCGCCUACGUGGCCUACCAGCACAACAGCCCAGACGUGGGCCCGCUGCGGCGCUACCUGGCCUCCUCGCAAACAGCCGCCGCCGCGCUGGGCGGCGCCAGCCUGCACGCCCACCCGCACUCCACCAGCCUGAACGGCAGUGGCAGCCAGCUGGGCGCUACAGCCGCUGCGCUGCAGCAGCAGAUGGCGGGGCUGACGCUGUCGGGCGUGGCGCCGCCGGCCAUUGGCGACAACCGCCGCCAGCUGCCCGGGAACGCCCCCGUGCUACAACCCGGGGUGCUGCCGCCCUCUGUGGCAGCGUACGGCGCCCCGUCACGGGCCGGGCACAGCACCAGCGGCUACGGCUCCGGCACGGCUGCGGCGCAGUCGCUGCCGGGCGGAGUCGUGGGACAGGAGGACGUGCGCUAUGCCGGGUCCACGGGGGCUGCUGCCACAGGGCCGUUGUCAUUGGAUGGCGCCGUGCUGGCACGGGGCCUGCCGUCCGUGCAUGCGCCGCCGCCGGCUGUGGCAUCAUGGGUGGCCAGCUCGCGUCCCUCGUAUGACGGCAUGACGUCAACGCGUGGCGCACAAGACUUUACGUCUCCGCCUGGCGCGCACCGGUCCUCGGCACCCGGCUCAACCUCUGCAGCCUUCGCCGCCGAGCAAGCGCGCGGCGCCUACGUCACAGGACCCGCACAGCCCGCUCCCUCCACCUCUUACCAGCCCCUGUCCCUCUACACCGGGCCGUGCCUCGCCCCUGCGAGCCUCAGCCACGGCGGCAACCGGCCGCGGCUGCAGGUGCCGGCUGACCCCGCCGCGCAGCUGGCAGUGCUGGGCCAGCUGCUGGACACGGCCCGCGCGGUGGUGAGCGGCGGCGGCAGCCGCGAGCAGCAGGCGGCGGCGCUUGAGGCGCUGGGGGACGCGGCCGAGUGCUGCAGCCGCGAGGCUUGGGUGCGGACCUUUCCGCUGCUGAUGGUGGAGAUGACUGGCUGCUGGCUGCCGCACGCCUCCAGCGCCCUGCGCACCAUGGGCCUAGCGCUGCUGAAGGAGCUGCUGCUGCACCAGCCCGCCCUCUUCGGCGAGUCCAACUUGGACGCCACGCUGGGGCUGCUACUGGCAGGCGUGGGCGACAGCAGCCGAGACGUGUCCAUGACCGGCGGCCAGGGGCUCAAGGUGCUGCUGGGCCGAGCCAGCCCCGGCCCCGCGCUGCUGCUGCUGACCGCGGCACUGCCGCGGGAGGGGGAUGCGCACCGCCUCGCGCCCGGCGACAAGGGCGCCCGCCUGGUGGCGGUCCUGGAGGGCGUCCGCGCGCUGGCGGCCAGGCUGGAUCGGCCCGAGCUGCACCGGCUGUCGUUCAUCGCCUUGCCCGACACCGGCUGCAGCCUGGUGGAGGGGCUGGUGGCCAACCUGAACGACCCCGAGACCUCGGUGCGCCGCGGCGCCGUGGUGACGCUGGCAGACCUGUGGUACCGCCUGGGGCACAGUGUGCGGGACGUGCUGCAGGUGCUGGCGGCGAGCAACUACAACCUGCUGUGCAUCUACUACCUCAAGAUGCACGGCAUCACGGUGCGGACGGACGUGGAGGACCCCACGCAGCACCCCAUGGUGCUGGGAGGCGGGCCGUCGGGCGGCGGCGUGCUGGGGUUGUGAAAAGGAGGAAGUGGGAUGAUGUAUGCGGCGGCUGUACAGCGCAGGUGCUAAAGAUGCGUGAGCUUGAAUGCUGCUUGAUAUCAGGGCGAGGUACUGGUUGCGAGCGUGUGUGUACAUAGCAUCGGCGGGAGCGCGCGGCGUAUGUGUGGUACAUGUAGGGAUCUGAUGUAUAUCGGCGUGGCUCUUUGCCCACCGUGCGAGCGGGUCUGUAUGGGUGCAUUUGAUAGUAGGGGAGUGUUCCAGCACAGUACAGGAGUGCAGCCGCUUUCAGGUCACGUGGCAGUGGCAUGGUGGUGGCGCAGAUAGCUACAACGUUGUCUCGGCAACUGACCAUGUGCGGCUGGGAAGAAUUUCCGGGCGUAGAUGCCGCGGGAGGGCUCAUCUACGCUCUGCAGACGCCGCGGGCCUGAGGACAUCUACAAGAUACGGGCACUGGCAUGGCCUUAUCAAUCAAAGUGCGUAAAACUCUUUGUAAUGCUCUGCCCGG